GUCACACAGUAAAAGUUAAAUUUAGCUUGAAAAAAGCUUGAAAAUAUCGAUAUUUGGGGGCAACUUCCAUCUCCAAGAUACGGCGCUGCCAACUUGUUCUUCUUUUCACCGAAACAAACUUUGGAAAUUUACCUGGCGGACGUAACAAUUUCGUUGCAGCGGCUGCAAAGGUAAAGCCAACUUGGAAGCGGCAGCACCGGUGGUAAAUCAGCUAUUGCGUAAUUUCAGCAACACGUUUUCGAGGCACCCGAAAUUCAGCCGGAUCCCAGCUUGCCACAAGUUUAAGGUCCAAGGCCGAGCAGCAAACGGAACAAAAACACACCCGCCAUGGCCAAGUAUAUUGCACAAAUCAUCGUGCUGGGCGCCCAGGCGGUGGGACGGGCCUUCACCAAAGCGCUGAGACAGGAGAUUGCCGCCUCACAGGAGGCCGCUCGGCGAGCGGGUGGCGGCAAGCAGGGCGAGAAGAGCGCCGAGUCCAACCUGCGUACAGGCAUGACGCUGGAGGAAGCCAAGCAGAUACUGAACGUGGAGGACACCAAGAACGUGGAAGGCGUCGUCAAGAACUAUGAGCAUCUGUUUAACGUUAACGAGCGGUCCAAGGGCGGCUCCUUCUACCUCCAGUCAAAAGUCUUCCGGGCCAAGGAACGGAUAGAUCACGAGAUAAAGGCCCAGCAGACGCCGAAAUCGAAGGCCACGGAGGCUGCAGCGGAAGCGCCAGAGGAGGAGGUGACGCAGAGCAGGGCGCGGCAGCGUCGCUGAAACUACAAAUUGCCUCGCAUCGAACUAAUUAGCUGAUAAUUGAUAUAAAACUAUGUUAAGUACAAAAACUGAGAGUCUGUUGGUGUAAAUAGAGUUUUACGAACAUGA